CACUUACCGGAGACCUGCCACAUACGAGCUCAGCGUUAGCCAGCGGUUAGCAUCUGGCGGCACUGAAAUGUAACUAAUAUUUUUCAAGAAAACGGAGGGACUUUAAUGUAUUUGCGAGUCACGAUGACGAGUGCGGGACCAGCGAUGGAGCCGUGGAUCAAGCCACAGCUCCGAUCUGCAGGAGACUGAUCAUUGAUUUACAGUUUUAAGUACACUAACAAGUACAAGACGUCGGCAUCAUGGGAAGGAUCAGCUUCUCGUGCCUUUUCCCAGCACCGUGGCAUUUCAGCCUCUCGUCCCAGGUUCUUCCUCGGCUCCUGGUACCUUCCCUCAGACAGCUGCUCUUCAUCGGCCUGGUGCUCUGCCUCAUAGGACUGCUCUACCUGCUGCUUGUCACUGGAAAGGGGCACGCCAGAUGGAUCAGAGAGGAAAAUCACUUCCACAGGCACUUGGCAAAGGUGAAUGAUGUGGAUGCAGCAGAUACAAGCAACCCCAACCUGAACUACGGCCUGGUGGUGGACUGUGGCAGCAGUGGCUCCAGGGUAUUUGUGUACUGCUGGCCCCGGCAUAACGGUAAUCCCCGUGAACUGCUGGACAUUCGGCAAAUGAGAGAUCAACACCGCAAGCCGGUGGUCAUGAAGAUCAAACCAGGUAUCUCUGAAUUGGCUAAAACACCUGAGAAAGCGAGUGAUUAUAUCUAUCCACUUCUGAGCUUUGCGUCCGAACACAUUCCCAAAAAUAAGCACCAAGAAACUCCCUUGUACAUCCUGUGCACCGCCGGAAUGAGAAUCCUUCCUGAAAGUCAACAAGAAGCACUUCUUGAGGAUCUGAGAACUGACAUCCCCGUCCACUUCAACUUCCUCUUCUCCGAUUCCCAUGUGGAAGUGAUUUCUGGAAAACAGGAAGGUGUCUAUGCAUGGAUUGGAAUAAACUUUGUCCUCGGAAGGUUCAACCAUGUGCACGAUGAUGACAAAGCUGUCGUGGAGGUUCAUGUCCCAGGCAGCGAUCAGCAGGAGGCGCUGAUGAGGAAAAGGACUGCCGGUGUCCUGGACAUGGGCGGCGUCUCCACACAGAUCGCAUACGAAGUGCCCAAAACUGUAAGCUUUGCUUCUCCACAGCAGGAGGAAGUUGCCAAGAACUUACUGGCAGAGUUCAACUUGGGGUGUGACGCACAUCGCACAGAGCAUGUUUAUCGUGUUUACGUGUCCACCUUCCUGGGUUUUGGAGGAAAUGCGGCGCGGCAAAGAUACGAGGAGAGUGUCGUUAGAAAUACCGCCACUCGAAACAAGCUGUUGGGUCAGCGUAUGGGCGAGACCGCAGAGUCUCCCCUCCUGGACCCGUGUCUUCCCGCAGACCUGCGGGAUGAAAUCGGUCCAUCGACGCAGAAGCUGCAUCUGCGAGGCACGGGACACUUUGACCAGUGCCGACAGAUUCUGCAGCCGUUCCUCAACCGCACCAACGAGACCCUGAGCUCCCUCAGCGGCAUCUACCAGCCCGCCAUCGACUACGCCAACAGUCAGUUCUACGGCUUCUCUGAGUUCUACUACUGCACGGAGGAUGUGCUGCGCAUGGGAGGGGACUACAACGCUUCCAAGUAUGCCCACGCUGCCAAGAGUUACUGUUCCACCCAGUGGAAGACUCUGAGGGAGCAGUUUGACUCUGGCUGGUACGCCUCGCAUGCUGACCAUCACAGACUAAAGUACCAGUGUUUUAAAUCCGCCUGGAUGUAUGAAGUCUUGCACUCGGGCUUCUCUUUCCCAGACAACUAUACAAACCUGAGGACGGCCCUCUUGGUCCACGAUAAGGAGGUCCAAUGGACUCUUGGAGCUAUUCUUUACAGAACACGCUUUCUGCCUUUGAGGGACAUACCUCAGGAAAGUCUGAAAGGAGUUCAUUCUCACUGGCGGCACAGCUUUUCCUUUGUCAACAACCACUAUUUAUUCCUGGCUUGUUUCUUCAUUGUGUUGUUGUCUAUUGUGCUGUACUUACUGCGACUCCGCCGCAUCCAUCGGCGCGCCACCCCUUCCUCUGUGACGUGGUUGGAGGAGGGCCUCGGCUCACCCAAACUCCCGAUCAACCUCUAAGCCUUUCGUAGAGUAAAGUCUGGAAAGCAUGUCUGAAAUUCCAACGCCCAUCUAAUUUUUUUCUCUGAGGCCAUCUGCUUGUUCGGUGAGCUUUAGAAGUCUGCUCCCCUGAAAACUCUUUUACGAGUUAAAACAGAGAUGCUAUUGAGAAUUUGACAUAUAGGAAGAUUAUACGCGAGUCUACAGGCUUACCUGAGCCAUGAACAGCUUUGUAUUAAAGUUGUUUAAUAAUGACAUGUCUUUUUUUUAGACAUUCUUACAUUCUUGGCUGCAGGUGUCCUCUUUGAUUUUUAAUAAAGAAAAAGAUAACGGUACUUUGUUCACUAUCAAAUGAUCCAAAUGAAUAAAUAGUCUAUAGCUUGAAUUUCACAAAGUUGGAAACCUUGGACAUUUGCCUUUCUUUCUGCCUUUUAUGUCUAUCAUCAACAUUUUUUUGUUUUUGUUUGUUUUUAUAGUUGGAAAAUGGUACAAGCACUCGCUGUUUCUUACAGGAACCUCAAAUGCAAUGCGAAUAAUUGUUGGAAGCAGCAAGAGAUGCACUUCCCAGCUGGAACGUUUGUUUUUUGUGCGUCUCCCUCAAAUGUUGAUGCCUCAACAAGACAAGUAGCCUUUCAGAGCUAUACUAGUGCAAUACAUGUCUUGUCACUGUUGGGGAACUCUCCAAAACACGUCUUUUCUUUUGUCAAGAGUAUCGGUCUCUUAAAGCCCUGCUGCAAUUAUAUUGUUGGCUCAUCGGACUUUAAAGUUGGAAACCGUUGCAUAUAUUUACGUUGGACUUCAUUUUUGGAAGCCGUCAUACCACUGCUGUGAGGGGAUUGUAAAUGAGGGCACAUGCCCCAGUAUUUAUAAUUUUUUUAAAACGGUCUAUCUUGAAAUGUCUGCACAGAUGGAUGCAAAAUAAAUGUCCAAUUACAAUUCAGUAAUAAAGUGUUUAUGGUA